GCCAUUUUUCCCAUUCAAAAAGCCUCGCCGUUUUCCCCCUCGUUGCACCCAAGCCAGCUUUUUUCCAGUGAAUGCGCCAUAUCCUGCGUCACUGGUCCUCCGUCUUACAACGACGACCAUUCUUCGUUCUUCCUCUCUCUCCUCAUCGUUCUCUCUGCAGACACGCGUCCACUACCAAACCGCUACGACCAAUCAUGUCAGGCCCAUCAGAGCCCAUGGCGGUCGUAGCGCCUAGCUUUUCAUCUGAUCCAGCAUCUCUCGCGGCACACGCGCCACAAGUAUUGUCAAAUGGCGUCAAUGGUCGACAAGAAGACAGUAGUAGUGACGAAGAGAUGCCCCUUUCUCAACAUACUCCCAAGAAGAUCAAUGGAGCAAACGGCAAGCGAAUCGCCAAUCCAAGCAGCAGCAAUAGCAGUGAGGAUGAUAGACCAUUGACUAAAAAGCCCAGAGUAUCGACUGGCUUGGCUAGGAAAAGGAUCGUUGAGAGUGAUAGUGAGCAAGAGAGCAGUGCAGGGCCAUCCUCGCCUCCUGCACCGCCUGUAAAAUCUGCGACAAAGCCUCCCUCACGCUCAAAUGGAGCUAUAAAGCCCAAGUCGAAAGCGAGAUCCCCAUCCGAUUCCGAGCUCAGCAGUGAAGAUGAGAGACCGCUAGCGAAGAAGGGAUCAAAGGCACCGAAACGAAGCGCAUCUCCUGUCAAAAAGCCAGCCGCGAAACCUCGCAAAUCAUACAAGGAGUCGUCAGGCUCCGAAGACGAGAAGCCAUUGGCUAAGACGGUAGCUACAAAGGGAAGAAAGAGCAACGGAUCGGCUUCUGCAAGGGUCAAAAAGGAGGAAGAGUCGGAAGACGAUGCGCCGUUGGCGAAGGGCAAAAAGAGAGCGAGUGCGGGCGCUGAUUCGAGUACCGCUAGAAAGGACGUGAAGAAGAAAGUCAAGGAGGAGAGUGGUAAGGUGAAGAAAGAGGUCAAGGAGGAGGACGACGAGGAGAUGUACAAAUGGUGGGAGCAAGGCGAAAACGAUGGAUCGGUAAAAUGGACAACUUUGGUGCACAACGGUGUCUUAUUCCCCCCACCAUAUGUGCCGCUACCUAAAGACGUCAAGAUGAAGUAUGAUGGCCAAUCCAUCACCCUUCCUCCGGAGUCUGAAGAAGUCGCCGGAUUCUUUGGAGCCAUGCUGGAGACGGAUCAUGUUCUGGACCCGGUUUUUAAGAAGAACUUUUUCAACGAUUUCAAAGAUAUGCUGAAAGAGUUCCCGCCAAAGGAGAAUAUCAGGAUCACUUCCUUGGAGAAGUGCGACUUUCGACCCAUGUAUGAACAUUUUGAACGAGAGAGGGAGAAGAAAAAGGCUAUGACGAGGGAGGAGAAGAAGGCGAUCAAAGAAGCCAAGGACAAGCUCGAGGAGCCAUAUCUCUAUGCCUUGGUCGAUGGACGGAAGGAGAAGCUAGGCAACUUUAGAGCGGAACCACCAGCGUUGUUCCGUGGUCGAGGAGAGCAUCCGAAAAAGGGAACGUUGAAGAAACGACUGCGGCCUGAGGAUAUCAUCUUGAACAUUGGGAAGGACGUGCCUAUACCCAAGCCAAACAUCCCGGGCAACUGGAAGGGGGUCCAACACGACAACACGGUCACUUGGCUCGCUCAUUGGAAAGAAAACGUCAACAACCAAGCCAAGUAUGUCUUCUUGGCAGCAUCGAGUUCUUGGAAGGGACAGAGCGAUAGAUCCAAAUUCGAGAAGGCCAGAGAGCUCAUCAAACACGUCGACAAGAUUCGUAAAGACUACACCGAAGAUCUCAAAUCCAAGGUCAUGGCGGAUCGCCAACGAGCCACAGCUCUUUACUUUAUCGACCGACUCGCUCUUCGUGCUGGGAAUGAAAAGGGAGACGACGAAGCCGAGACAUAUGGUUGUUGUUCCCUGCUGUUUGAGCACGUUACGCUUUCUCCGCCGAACACCAUUAUCUUCGAUUUCCUAGGUAAAGAUUCCAUGCGUUUCCACCAAGAGGUAGAUGUGGACAUUCAGGUAUUCAAGAAUAUCAAAAUCUUCAAAGCUGAGCCCAAGAAGAAAGGAGACGAUAUAUUUGAUCGAUUGACAACCUCGGGACUCAACGCGUACCUAAACACCCAGAUGAAGGGUUUGACCGCCAAAGUAUUCCGUACCUACAAUGCUUCUUGGACGUUCCAGCAGCAGCUCAAAACCACGCCCAAAAACGGCACUGUUCAGGAGAAAAUCGCUGCGUACAAUACUGCCAAUAGAGAGGUUGCCAUACUGUGUAACCAUCAGAAGACUGUCAGCAAGAACUUUGAGCAAUCCUUCGCGAAGAUGGGAGACAAGGUCCGCGCACUCAAGUACCAACGCAUGAAACUUCGUUAUCAGCUUUUCACCCUCGAGCCCAAAAUGAAGAAGAAGCGAGCUGAUCUGGCCGAGUCAGAAUCCGAUAUGGAUGACGAGUUUAUGGAGCGACACGAGGAAGAAUUGCGAGAGAAAGCAGUCGAAGCGGCGAAGAAGAAGUUUGAGAAGGAGAAUACCAAGCUGGUUGCAGAGAAAGAAAAGGCUCAGCCAAAGUCUGUGCUCGACGAGCGCUUAAAGGAGAUCAAAGCAGAGUUCAAGGAGCUCGCCAAGGAGCGAAAGACGAAGAAAGUUGAGCCGAAAAAGGGAGCGACGGUGGAGAAACUUGAAGAGCAGAUCCAGAAGAUGGAAGCUAGGAUAGCGGCGGCCCGGGUGCAGAUGGAGGAUAGGGACAAGACCAAAGAUGUGGCGUUGGGAACGUCAAAGAUCAAUUACAUUGAUCCGAGAUUGACAGUGGCUUGGGCGAGGAAGUACGAUGUGCCGCUUGAGAAGCUCUUCUCAAAGACGCUACGAGAAAAGUUCCCUUGGGCCGAGGCGGAGGCAGAUGCAGAUUGGGUCUUUUGAGCUGCCCUGCUGUGCUUUAGCGCCAUGCUGCCCUGUAAUAUCAACAUUUUGAGCAUGUCAUUGCAUUCUAUCCUACU